AUGGCAUCACGCAAGCUUCAUACCCUCUUGGGUGCUCCUCUCCAGGACGCUGAUGAAGAAACCUUUCUCUUGUUCAGUCAAGACAUCCCAAGCAACAAUCUCGGCUUCAUCGAUUCCAGAGCCGAAACUCUUGAAAUCGAGGUCGCAGGGCAUGACUAUGUACUGCGGCAAUCCCCUGGCUUAUUGAAUUCCAACAGAGGCGGAGGCACCACUGGCGCAGUCUUGUGGAAAAUCACGCCCCUAUUGGCCACCUGGCUAGCAUCAUUGCCUCCGCUCCUUUGCGAUGUUGGCGUCCUAGGCACAAAUGCCACUGUUGUCGAGUUAGGAUGUGGACUGGCAGGCUUGAUGGGCUUGGUGUUGUCUCGCGUCGUGCGGUGUUAUGUUCUUACAGACCAGGACUACGUGAUGAAGUUCUUGAAAGAGAACAUCUCCAACCACUUACCAAGCCCGGACUCGGACGCGAACUUGAAGGGAUCGAAAAAGAGAGGUCACCAGCAGCGGCGUAGGCCCGAAGGGAACCUCAAACUGAUACCUCUUGAUUGGGAAACCGACGAUGUGGGAGUCUUGAGGGCCGCCAUAGCCCCGGAAGAGUCAAUUGACCUUUUACUUCUAUGUGAUUGUGUCUAUAACGAGUUUCUCAUAUCGCCACUCGUUCAGACUUGUGUCGAUAUCUGUCGUCUGGGGUCCUCAAGCGGGAAGACCACAGUUCUCCUCGUUGCUCAGCAACUUCGAUCCGAAUCCACGUGCGAGUUGUUCUUGAGCACAUUGCUGAGACAUUUCGAUGUAUGGCGCGUUCCAGACGAGAAGAUAUCUGCGGGUCUACGUUCCUGUUCGGGGUAUGUCGUGCAUCUGGCAACCUUGAAGCAAUUGGACGGGGGCGUGGAGGCUUAA